AUGCCUUCCGCAGUGGGCAUUGCUGUUGCUUUUCCCAGGCCCUCCUCUGGAGCUGUACAGGCUUGUAGUGGACAAGCCAAGAGAAUCAGGCAGCUACAGUUCAUGAUGUUUCCACUUAACAUGGAGGAGCAGGACUAUACAACAUACUGCAGAGAGAUGCUGACACAGCUGAUGACAAGCAAAGUCAGCAAAGUGUGCUUGGAUGCCCAGGAACUGAUCCUGACCAUGAUCUCUCACUUUUCACUGGACAUCACCUCAGUGUAUAACUGGAGCAUGGUAGACCCCAAGGUUGCCGGAUGGCUGCUGAAUCCUGACCACCCUCCCAACACAUUCACUGAAGUGGUGAAAAUGCUGUGGAAAGAUAAUCAUCAAGAAUGUGAUCAAGAUGCCGAUGCUACUACUCUUCUGUGCCAGGACUUGAGCCAGCUGUUAGAUGCAAUGGAGCUGCUCAGAAGGAGGCUCAUGGACUGUGACCUACUGGACCUGUACCUCAAUGUUGAGAUGAAGCUAACACCUAUUCUGGCAGGCAUGGAAUAUCAUGGAAUCUGUGUCGAUCCACAGCGUCUAAUCAACAUGGGUGACAUUUUGAAGGUUUGUUACAUAAUCUCCAUCAUGUUUAAUAGCCAUACAAUAUAG